AAUGAAAAAUACCAGCUGGUUAUAUGUCUCAACAGAAGUUGUUCUUAUAUUUCUUCAAAUAUACAAUUUAAAACCAUUGCCUUUAUACUGCGAGCAUUGGACUCUAAAAUGACGUAUACGCCCGUGUCGACCAUGAAGUGGUUCCUCUGGGUCGUUCUGGUUAUUAGCCUGGCUCUAUGCUCGGCCAACUCCAUUUCCAGCUAUAACCACUAUCGACUGCCAACUGCCCUAAGACCUCAAAAGUAUUACUUGCGCAUCCUGACACUGUUGGAAAAUCCGGAUGAUCUGCGCUUCGCCGGAAGUGUGCAAAUCGUCAUUGAAGCACUGGAAAACACAAGGAACAUAACGCUGCACUCCAAGAACCUGACCAUCGAUGAGUCCCAGAUCACCCUGCGCCACAUUAGCGGGGCGGGAAGUAAGGAUAAUUGUGUGUCCUCCACUUCGGUUAAUCCCACCCACGACUACUAUAUCCUCCACACCUGUCGCGAACUUUUGGCCGGCAACGUGUACACACUGUGCCUGCCAUUCUCGGCCGAUCUGAGCCGUCAACUCCAUGGUUACUACCGCAGUUCCUACAAGGAUCCUGUGACCAACACGACACGUUGGCUGUCUGCUACGCAAUUCGAACCAGCCGCCGCUCGAAAGGCAUUUCCCUGCUUCGAUGAGCCAGGCUUCAAGGCGUCCUUUGUGGUCACUUUAGGUUAUCACAAGCAGUUCACAGGACUCAGCAAUAUGCCCGUAAAGGAAAUCAAACCACACGAAAGCCUUCCAAACUACGUAUGGUGCGAGUUCGAGCAGUCGGUGCCCAUGUCCACCUACCUGGUGGCAUAUUCGGUGAAUGAUUUCUCCUUUAAGCCUUCUACUCUGCCAAAUGGAGCUCUAUUCCGGACUUGGGCCAGACCCAAUGCCAUCGAUCAGUGCGAUUAUGCCGCGCAGUUCGGACCGAAGGUACUCCAGUACUACGAGCAGUUCUUCGGCAUCAAGUUCCCACUGCCCAAGAUCGAUCAGAUUGCCUUGCCCGAUUUCAGUGCCGGUGCCAUGGAGAACUGGGGUCUGGUGACCUACAGAGAAACCACACUUCUCUACUCGCCAACCCACUCUUCUCUGUCGGACCAACAGAACCUGGCGAAUGUGAUAGCCCAUGAGUUGGCCCACCAAUGGUUCGGUAAUCUGGUGACGAUGAAGUGGUGGACCGACCUCUGGCUGAACGAGGGAUUCGCCACAUAUGUGGCCGGCUUGGGAGUCCAGGAAAUCCAUCCGGAGUGGCACUCAAGGGAUAAGGGUAUUUUGACCGCUCUGAUCACCUCCUUUCGCCUGGACUCGCUGGUGAGCAGCCAUCCCAUCUCGAGGCCCAUUCAAAUGGUGACGGAGAUCGAGGAGAGCUUUGAUGCAAUCUCCUACCAAAAGGGAUCUGCAGUGCUGCGGAUGAUGCAUUUGUUCAUGGGCGAAGAGUCCUUCCGAUCCGGACUAAAGGAGUAUCUGCAGCUUUACGCCUACAAGAACGCCGAACAGGAUAACCUUUGGCAGUCUCUCACCUCAGCAGCCCACCAAAGUGGAGCUCUUGCCGAGCACCUUUACAUAAAGACCAUCAUGGACUCGUGGACUCUGCAAACCGGAUAUCCUGUGCUCAAUAUUACCCGUGACUAUGCGGCUGGAAGCGCUAAGCUCACCCAGGAACGUUACUUGCGCAAUUCCCAGAUACCCCGAGCCGAACGCGUUGGCUGCUGGUGGGUGCCACUGAGCUACACCACCCAGGUGGAGAAGCACUUCAACAACACGGCACCCAGGGCGUGGAUGGAGUGCAGCAAAACUGGCGAAAGUGUGCCCACGACCAUUGAUCUUCUUCCUGGACCCGAAGAAUGGGUGAUCUUUAACAUUCAGCUGUCGACCCCCUACAAAGCCAACUACGAUGCUAGAAACUGGAAGCUUUUGAUUGCUACUUUGAACAGCGAGGAGUUCCAGAGCAUUCACGUGAUCAACAGAGCCCAGCUCAUAGACGACGUGCUGUACUUCGCCUGGACAGGAGAGCAGGACUACGACACCGCUCUGCAAGUGACCAACUAUCUGCAGAGGGAGCGAGAUCUUAUUCCUUGGAAAGCGGCCCUGGACAACUUGAAGCUGCUGAACCGCCUCCUACGACAAACUCCCAACUUUGGGUUAUUUAAACGCUACAUGAAGAAGCUUCUUACCCCGAUCUAUGAGCACCUGAACGGCAUCAACGACACGUUCAGUUCUAUUACUCAGCAGGAUCACGUCCUCUUGAAGACGAUGGUGGUCAACGUGGCAUGUCAGUACCAGGUGGGCGAUUGUGUGCCCAAGGCGUUGGCCUACUACCGCAACUGGAGAUCGGAGGCCAAUCCCGACGAGAGCAACCCGGUGCCAAUCAACCUUCGCAGCACAGUGUACUGCACGGCAAUAGCACAAGGCACCGAAGAGGAUUGGGACUUCCUGUGGUCGCGGUUCAAGAAAUCGAAUGUGGGCUCCGAGCAGCAGACCAUUUUAAGUUCCCUGGGCUGUUCAAAGGAAGUAAGGAUCUUACAGCGUUUCCUGGAGAGGGCCUUCGAUCCCGAGGGAGCCAUUCGUAAGCAGGAUUCUUUGCUGAGCUUCCAAGCAGUGGUCUCUGGCGAACAGGGUUUCCCACUGGCCAAGAACUAUCUGAUGGAGAAUGUUGACUUUAUGGUUGCGUACUAUUAUCCGCAGACAAGAAGCAUGGCGCGACUUUUGCCCCCACUGUGCGAACAAAUUGCCACUACAAAUGACCUAAAUGAGUUCAGGGCGUUCGUUAACAAAUCGCAGCAGUCGCUCAAGGGAGUCCAACAGGCAGUUCAGCAAAGUCUGGAGACAAUGGUUACCAAUGUCCAGUGGAUGGAGCGAAACUAUCCCCAGAUUUUGAGCUCCCUCCAGCGGAACUUGUAGUUCUUAAAUACACAACCGCAUUUGUUGUAAUAUAUAAAUAAAUAAACCAUUUCUCUGCUCUGCCUUAGAAAA